AUGGAGGAAGGUUCAGACAUUUUGAUACACACAUUUCCAGUUAUGUUGGUUUCUAUUUUAGGAUGUCUUUCUCUUCAUUUAGUCAAGUAUACUAAUGCACAUGAUGAAAGAACCUUAAAAGGUACUCGUUUCGCUUCUUGGAGUCGACCAGCAAUCAUGAAAGGUCCUCUAGGCAUUGUUUCAUGGACAGAAUUAUGUUUCUUAUUCAUGUUCACUGCCCUUCUCAUUUGGUCAAUCUCAUCUUAUACACAUGGCAUGUUCAAGAAUAUAACCAGACAAUCUGCAGCAAUGAUGGGAGUAGAAGUAUGGCAAGCUAAAUUAGAAAGUGUGGCUCUCAUGCUAGGCCUUGUAGGAAAUAUCUGUCUAGCCUUUCUCUUCUUUCCAGUAACCAGAGGAUCAUCCAUUUUGCGACUCUUCGGGCUCACAUCAGAGUCCAGUGUUAAGUAUCAUAUUUGGCUGGGGCAUGCUGUCAUGACUCUCUUCACUGCUCAUGGUUUAUGUUUCAUAAUCCUCUGGGCUGAUACUUAUCAGCUUUCAAAAAUGUUGCAAUGGCAUAAAGUUGGAAUUUCCAUUGUGGCUGGAGAAGUGGCUUUUCUUGCAGGAAUAACUAUGUGGUUGACAAGUUUCCCGCGAAUCAGAAGAAAGUUGUUUGAGCUUUUCUUCUAUACACAUCAUCUCUACAUUAUCUUCGUAGUAUUCUUUGUAUUUCAUGUUGGAUUAACUUACUCCUGCAUCACACUUCCUGGAUUUUACCUCUUCUUGGUUGACCGCUAUUUGAGAUUCUUACAAUCCCAACAACGUGUGUGCUUGGUUUCUGCAAGUAUUUUACCUUGCCAAGCAGUGGAGCUAAACUUCUCUAAAAGUCCAGGGCUAAGGUACAAUCCAACGAGUUCAGUUUUCAUAAAUGUGCCUAGUAUAUCAAAGCUGCAGUGGCAUCCAUUUACAGUGACUUCCAACAGUAACAUGGAACCUGAGAAACUCAGCAUUGUCAUAAAAAGUGAAGGGAAAUGGUCUCAAAAACUGUUUGAGAAGCUCUCAUCAACUACAGCAGGACACCAUCUUCAAGUUUCUCUUGAGGGGCCUUAUGGACCGGCUUCAACCCAAUUCUUGAGACAUGAUAUGCUAGUUAUGGUGAGUGGAGGAAGUGGCAUCACUCCUUUUAUAUCUAUCAUCAGAGAGCUUAUUUAUAUUGCUGGCUCAACAAGCUACAAGAUCCCAAAAGUUCUCCUUGUUGCUGCUUUCAAGAAAUCAGUGGAUCUCGCCAUGUUAGACGUUCUCCUUCCCCUUUCAGGAACCAACUAUGAUAUUUCGCGAAUGCAGCUACAAAUUGAAGCUUAUGUAACAAGUGAGAAAGAACCUUUAAAAGACAACCAGAAGUUCCUCAAAACACUAUGGCUUAAGCCCAAUGCUUCAGACAGAACAGUUUCCGCAGUGUUAGGCCAAAACAAUUGGCUUUGGCUUGGAGCUAUAAUCACAUCCUCCUUCAUCAUGUUUCUUCUGCUCAUUGGCAUUCUAAAUCGAUAUUACAUAUACCCUGUUGACCAUACCACCGAGAUGAUAUAUUCGUAUUCAGAAAGUGCAGCUCUUAGUAUGCUGUUAUUAUGUGUGGUUAUAGCUAUAACUGCAUCAGCUGCCUUUGUUUGGAACAAGAAACAGAAGGUUAAGGAAAUGGUGCAGAUUCAGAAUAAUGACAGGACAACACCGAUAACUUCUCCAGGUCCAGGCUCAUGGUUUCAGAACAUUGAUAUAGAGCUGGAAAGCCUACCCUUUCAAACGUUAACUCGAGCGACAAAAAUACACUAUGGUGAAAGGCCUAAUCUAAGAAAGAUCAUUAUGGAGUGUGAAGAAUCAAAUGUUGGAGUUUUUGUUAGUGGUCCAAGAAGAAUGAAGCAAGAAGUAGCAACAAUUUGUUCAUCAUGUGUGUCCAGUAACUUUCAUUUUGAAUCCAUCAGCUUUAGCUGGUAAUAGUUGUAACUAAUCUCUGCAUUACCAAUACUGACGUACAUAACUCUAACCAACAACCAAACGACACCGGAAUAUAAUGCUUCUUUGUACCCUAAAUUAUAUGGUUUUAU